UAAUUUGCUCUUAUUAAAAAAGUAUAUUUAAAAAAAUAAAAGAGUAUGUUUGAUAAUCAGUUGAACCGGGCACUUGUUGACUAGUAGCUUGUACGGGGUGUUUCGGGUCUAAUGUAGGCUACUGAUUAAAUUGUGUUUAAUAAUAUGUCAGUCAUCUAAUAUUUAGCCAUAAUGGCAUGAGAUUACACGCCUGUGUGUGUGUGUGUGUGUGUGUGUGUGUGCGAUGGGGGGUGGAGAAUGCGCUUGCUACUCUUUGCAACAGAGGGAAUACAGCUGUGCAUGCUCCUCUGUCCUUAAUGCCCUGGAGCUGUGAAGUUUUCCACAGAGGCUCUGGCUCUCCGUCAUGCAGCAGUGCUUCACUCAGGGGGAGGCAUGGCCGCAUGCAGCAGCGCUCUGCCAAGUGUGUUCACGCUUGUUCUGUCCUUGCUGCUGCUCCUCCAGCUUCUGGUCAGUUUGAUAGCGCCGCGUGAUUCGUCUGCACCCGACUUUACCGUCAUCAGUAUAAGUAGUCACGAAUCCGGAUCAUUAGACUCCAGCGUGGAUGCACGCUCGGACAGCGCGCCGGAACUUUGGCAAAAUGAAGAGACGGCGGCACGACUGCGCGCCUACGCCGACGAGAACGAGCUGAACUCUCGCCAGGCCACAGACAGAAAACUUGUGCUUCAGCCUUGGACAUCUGGACAAACAUCUUUUAGUGAUGAAGUGCAGCGUCUUAUCCAAUUCAUUACCACACCAGAGGUGAAUUGUUCCAGAUGGCAGGGUUCUGUUGAGUCUGGGUCUGCAUAUGCUGGGGGAAGUUCAGAGGCUUUGUGCUUUAAUAACUGGGCCCCUGGCCGUCCUUGUGUCGCUUACUCUUUCAGUCUGGAUGGAAAGGAUGCAGUGAUUCUGGAAUCCACAUUAAGUAUGAGAUGUGAGGUGCAUCGCUUUGACCCUAGUACUCGCCGCAAACAUGGUAGUGGCUCUGGAUAUGGAUCUGUCCAGCACCAUCAAGCUUGGCUUGAUUGGAGGCGCCCCCAUACUCGACCUCACAGGGGAGUUUUGGGGACUAUACCUCGCCGCCUGGUGGACAUCAUGGACUCACUGGGUCACAGCAUGGUGCAUGUUCUGUGGGCAGAUCUGGAGAGUGCAGAAUGGCGUGUGUUGGAGAGUUGGGUGCAGGAUGGAACUCUCAGACGAAUCAGUCAGCUCAUUCUGACUGUACAUCUACAGUGGGCGGGGUUUGAAGUGGGUGGGACUGAGGCAGAAGUAGUUCGAUUCUGGUACAGUGUACUGAGGGCUCUGCAUAGCUCAGGUUUCCGCCUGACUUACUCAGUCCCUGGGCCAGGACACACUGUACUGAGACAACAACUUCCCAACACACACAGCUCAUACAAACUUACCUGGGUUAGGAUGGGUGAACAAUUCAAAUGAUAACCAGCAAUUCUUCAGAUUUAUGAAAACUGCUGCAAAUGCACAUGCUGAGGAAAGAUCAAGUGAAUUUUGAAAAAUGGGAAUUAGGUUGUUGUUGUUGACACUGAAGUAUUUUGUACAAGAUCAUAGUAUUUGGUAAGGAGUGGUAACCUUUAGGGUGCCACCCGAAUGACAAGGAGAGUGAGAUUGUGAACGAGAUCAACUUUCACACUUCCGUCAAUUUGUCAAAUCGAACAGCCA